AUGAUGGCAUCUGCUCUCACGGAUCAUGCCCAGGACUCGGCCCCCGUUCAGGGGGUGAGGAGGGGAGGCACGGGCAGGAGCAGUGCCCUCUCAGAGCCAGCAUCCCACAGAGCGGAUCCCGACAUCAGAACUCAUCCAGGAGGGGAUUGCCCCACCUCUCUGACACUGCUGCUGGAGCUGCACUCUCGCUGUGAGGGGGAGACGGCUGUGGGGUGUGGGGCGGCCGGGGGCAACCGCCUGGCGCGUUGGUAUCCAUUCACCGUGGCGGAGGCUGAAAACACAUUUGAGCUGGCGGCGCUGUUGGUGGGCGUUGCUGAGGUGGUGCAGGGCGGCUGCACUGGUGGGUGUGACAGGGACCAGGCCAGGUCUGAACUGCUCGCUGCUCGCAGACUGCAGGAGUUUGUCUGUCGUGGAUCAGCCUCGGUCACGCCAGCCUCGGACCCGUGUUCAGGGACCCCCAGUCACAGAGCGCUGGUCAGGGCAGAGCUGGGGCUGACCUCAGCUCAGUUGAAGGUCGUGGAACAAAUGUGUGAAAAUCACCAUCUGGAACGAUUGGUGGCUCUGGGGUUUAUUUACACUCGGAUGAUGUCUCCGCGUCCGGAGCCGAUGGCUGAGAUUCGGUGCAGGGAGAGGCGUGUGGAGCUAAGACAACAGUAUCUGCACUACAUCAAUGGCACGGUGAGACCUGUAUGUCUAACAUAA